GCGAGAGUACAACCCGGAAGUGCUCGGCCGCGGGUGGUUUGGCUGCCCACGUGAGUCGGACUUGGGGUCGCGGCCGAGUCGCCAUGGGGAAGCUGCGCAGGCGGUACAACCUCAAGGGGCGGCAGCAGGCCGCCCCGGGACCCUCGAAGGGCGCCCCGGAGGCGCUGCCUCCCGUGCAGCUGGAGCUGGAGGGCAAGGAUGCAUUGAAAGGCGUUGACGCCAGCAAUGCGCUGGUGCUGCCUGGCAAGAAGAAGAAGAAAACCAGGGCCCCGCCCCCACGGAAAGAGAGGAAGCCACUGAGCAAGAAGGAGAGGAAGGCACUGCAGAGGGUCCUGGAGCAGAAGGAAAAGAAGAGUCAGCGCGCUGAGCUGCUGCAGAAGCUGAGUGCAGUCCAGGUCUCCGAGGCUGAGAUGAAGCUCUUGUACACUACGGCCAAGCUGGGCACCGGAAAGCGCAUGUACCACAGCAGAGAGAAGGCCGAUGAGGCGGCAGCCCAGGGUCAGAAGAUGAGCAGCCUCCGUGGGGCCCGCCGGAAGCGCAGUCGCCAGCCAUCCUCGGAGGAGGAGUCCAUGUCCUCCGCAGACUCAGAACCAGAGGACGCCCCUGGCUCUGAGCCGCUGGGGGCAGGGCCUCCGACGCCAUCCCUGCCAGGGCCUGGGGACCAGGGCCCGGUGCCCCAGCACCAGCCUGCUGUAGCUGGGACCCCUGCUCGCCUUCCAACAGCAGCCUCAGCCAUACCCAGGCCCCCUGCGAAGCCCGCUGUGUUCAUCCCCGUGAACCGCUCCCCUGAGAUGCAGGAAGAACGGCUCAAGCUGCCAAUCCUCUCUGAGGAGCAAGUGAUCAUGGAGGCGGUGGCCGAGCACCCCAUCGUCAUUGUGUGCGGCGAGACCGGCAGCGGGAAGACUACGCAGGUGCCCCAGUUCCUGUACGAAGCGGGCUACAGCAGUGACGACAGCAUCAUUGGCGUCACUGAGCCCCGCCGAGUGGCUGCCGUAGCCAUGUCCCAGAGAGUGGCCAAGGAGAUGAAUCUGUCGGAACGGGUCGUCUCCUACCAGAUCCGCUACGAAGGGAACGUGACGGAGCAGACGCGGAUCAAGUUCAUGACGGACGGUGUGCUGCUCAAAGAAAUCCAGCAGGACUUCCUACUGCUGAAAUACAAGGUGGUGAUCAUUGACGAAGCCCACGAGAGGAGUGUGUACACAGACAUCCUCAUCGGCCUGCUCUCCCGCAUCGUGGCACUGCGGGCAAAGAGACACCUGCCGCUGAAGCUGCUCAUCAUGUCGGCCACGCUGCGAGUGGAGGACUUCACCCAGAACCAGCGGCUCUUUGCCCAGCCGCCCCCGGUCAUCAAGGUGGAGUCCCGCCAGUUCCCGGUGACAGUGCACUUCAACAAGCGCACACCGCUGGAAGACUACAGUGGCGAGUGCUUCCGGAAAGUGUGCAAGAUCCACCGGAUGUUGCCUGCAGGUGGCAUCCUGGUGUUCCUGACGGGGCAGGCUGAGGUGCACGCGCUGUGCCGCAGGCUCAGGAAGGCCUUCCCACACUCCAGGCCUCAGGCCCAAGAGAAGGAAGAUGAGAAAGAGUCAGCGGAAGAGAUGCGAAAGUUCAAGAAGUCACGGACGAGGGCACGAAAGGCUCAGGCUGCCUCGACACUGCCCCUGAUCAGCCUGGACAACUACUCGGUGCUGCCAGCCGGAGAGGGCGACGAGGACAGGGAGGCGGAGGUGGAUGAGGAGGAGGCCGCCCUGGAAUCGGACCUGGACCUGGACCUGGGGGAUGACGACAUGGGUGGAGGAGAGCAGCUGGACGCAUCCCUGCCACUCCAUGUGCUCCCGCUAUACUCGCUGUUGGCCCCCGAGAAGCAAGCGCAGGUCUUCAGGCCGCCUCCAGAGGGUGCUCGGCUGUGUGUGGUGGCCACCAAUGUGGCCGAGACAUCCCUUACCAUCCCUGGCAUCAAGUACGUGGUGGACUGUGGCAAGGUCAAGAAGCGCUACUAUGACCGUGUCACCGGUGUGUCCUCCUUCCGCAUCACCUGGGUCUCCCAGGCAUCGGCUGACCAGCGGGCGGGCCGGGCGGGCCGGACAGAGCCCGGCCACUGCUACAGGCUGUACUCAUCCGCGGUGUUUGGAGACUUUGAGAAGUUCCCUGCUCCAGAGAUCACCCGGCGGCCCGUAGAGGACCUCAUCCUGCAAAUGAAGGCGCUCAACAUUGAGAAGGUCAUCAACUUCCCCUUCCCAACGCCCCCCUCGGUGGAGGCCCUGGCUGCUGCAGAGGAGUUGCUGAUCGCGCUGGGGGCCCUGCAGGCCCCCCAGAAGGCAGAGAGGGCGAAGCAGCUGCAGGUGCACAGCUCCCGGCUCAGCUGCCCCAUCACCACGCUGGGCAGGACCAUGGCCACCUUCCCUGUGGCGCCCCGCUACGCCAAGAUGCUGGCUCUGAGCCGCCAGCACAACUGCUUGCCCUACACCAUCACUGUCGUGGCUGCCAUGACUGUGCGGGAGCUGUUUGAGGAACUGGACAGGCCGGCGGCCAGCAAGGAGGAGCUCACUGUGCUGAAGGGCAAGCGGGCUCGGGUGGCCCAGAUGAGGAGGACUUGGGCAGGGCAAGGAGCAUCCCUGAAGCUCGGCGACCUCAUGGUGCUCCUGGGUGCCGUAGGAGCCUGUGAGUAUGCCGGCUGCUCUCCCCAGUUCUGUGAAAGCAAUGGGCUGCGCUACAAGGCCAUGCUGGAGACCCGGCGCCUGCGGGGCCAGCUGACCACUGCAGUCAAUGCCGUGUGCCCCGAGGCCGGGCUCUUUGUGGACCCCAAGAUGCAGCCACCCACCGAGAGCCAGGUGACCUACCUGCGGCAGAUUGUGAUGGCCGGCCUGGGCGACCACCUGGCCCGCAGGGUGCAGAGCGAGGAGCUUCUGGACGAGCGGUGGAGGAAUGGCUACAAGACGCCCCUCCUGGACGACCCCGUCUUCAUCCACCCCAGCUCCGUCCUCUUCAGAGAGCUCCCUGAGUUUGUGAUCUAUCAGGAGAUUGUGGAGACCACCAAGAUGUACAUGAAAGGCGUCUCUGCCGUGGAGGUCGAGUGGAUCCCGGCCCUGCUGCCCUCUUACUGCCAAUUUGACAAGCCGCUGGAGGAGCCAGCCCCCACCUACUGCCCCGAGAAGGGCCGGGUGCUCUGUCACCGCACCAGCGUGUUCUAUCGAGUUGGCUGGCCGCUCCCCGCCGUGCAGGUGGAUUUCCCGGAGGGCCUCGACCGCUACAAGCACUUCGCACGCUUUCUGCUGGAAGGGCAGGUCUUUUCCAAGCUGGCCACAUUCCGCAGCUGUUUGCUGUCCAGCCCCAACACCAUGCUGAAGACGUGGGCCAGGCUGCAGCCCAGGACGGAGACUCUGCUGAGCGCCCUGGUGGCCGAGCAGGCCGACUGCCGCGAUGCCCUGCUGGCUGCGUGGAGGAAAAACCCCAGAUACCUGUUGGCCCAGUACUGCGAAUGGCUCCCCCAAGCCGUGCACGCCGAUGUCGAAAAGGCCUGGCCCCCAACCACCGACCUCUGACCACUGACCCCCACGCCUGCUGCAAGGCUGAGGACUGGUUUGAAGGCUAAGAGGACUGAGCGGCAGUGACCUGCAGCCAUCAACACCUGCUCCGGUCCCUCUGACCCGUCUGCUCGCAUGGGGCAAGCCGAGGCCCCAGAGAGCUCCUCCACUCCAGCCGG